UUUCAGUUCCGUUCCAGCGUGCAGUUCGUUGUCCUCCUAAAAAUAGCUUCGUCUCCCACCGAUCAUUCCAUGUCAUAUUUUGCGGACUUAUUAUUCAGUAAUGACGGUACGAUCAGGUAAUUUGACUUGAUGAGUUCUUUAAUUUCAUUUCAUGUACUAGUUUUAUAUCUUAUGCUGGAAAGAUCUGUCAAACAGUGUACAUUAGCAAAGGUAGGUUCCUGUUUACACGUGUAAUUAUCGAAUACCAUACAAUUUGCAUAAAGCUACAGUGCACGGUUGGUUUUUCUAGCCUUUUGAUUAAAAUUGACAACGUUUGCGUUACCUUUGCCUAAGAAAAUAUGUAAUUUGUAGCUGUAUACAGCGAAAUACUACAGAGAAAAUAGUAUCUGUGCAGUACACGAGCGGCUCCCGAUUGGUCUGGGAAAUCGAAGAGCGAACUUGAGCUAGUACCGUGUGUAACAAAAUUUAUAAUUUUCAUUUUAGCGCCUAUUUCAAGCUCUUCGCAAGAUCAGAAUCAAAAGAUCAUCUGUUUACAUUUCAAGGGAGGGUUUUUUAAGCGAUAGAUAGGGUUUAAGAGGCACGAUCAAUUUUUAAAGAAUUUUCUUUUCAAAUAUUCACCGAAUUUUGUUUUGAAGUUUUAGCGGCCAAGUGGCUGAACCACUGCGCAUUCAUGCAAUCAUAUUUCUGUUCCGUUGCAUUUGCCCAAUUAUUUUAUUCAACAAUCUAACUUAGCUAUAAACAAACUAUGUUUAGUUAAAAUGGCUUAGUCUAAAUCGAUGUGGCAUGGGUGAUAUUGGCCUUCCAAUUUCUACCAAAUUUGUGUACCGUUUAAGUACCGAAAAAGUGCUGUGAGAAGUUAUAGCCGUUCGUAGCUCAGGCUUAACCAUUUUCAGAUAAGAGUAGGUAAAUGAAAGGAGGAAGGAUAGUUCUUUGCAACUGUAUGAGUCACGAUUAAGUUAUUUUAAUGAUAAGGCUAGAAUUAAUUACUGUAAAUCUCCUUCAGUUCACCAACAUGGCCGCCGCUCGAGGCCUCGUCAAAACUGUCAUUCCUGUAUCUUUGAAACCAACGAGAAUUCGAACCUUAGAAUAUGCAUUCAGUAUUUAGGACACCACUCUAAGACUACAUGCCAAAAAUCAGCCAAAUCGAUGAGGUACCGUGUCAGGUAGCCUGCGUCGCAGACGCUCUAAACCUUCUGUAUAUAGCGUCUGCGAAUUAGUGCACAAUAUCGAGUUCGAAUCCCGUAGAGUCGCAAAGAAAUAUGUCGGCGUUAUUGAUUGGCUAUUUUCUUUCGCAGUUUGUGAUUAGUCCGAUUUGAAUUAAGCGUUGACAGGCCAAACAUGACUCAUAGCUCGUGACCAGAGAGAUUGAGCUCUUUCUUUUACCUCUGAUUAAGCCUUAAGCUUCUUUAUUGCGGCUAAAUAACCUUAGUUUCUUUGGUUUUCAAUGAAACGCUUGGACCUGAACAGCUACAUGUGUGUAGUUUUUUUUUUUAUCGUGAAUAACGUGAUGAUUUCUUCAUUUGUUUUGACUCUUGAACUGUCGGCUAAAUUACAGAAUACGCAGUAGUACAUCUGCAGCGAUUGGAAGACGCUGGGAAACCAGCCGGCAAAUUUACUAGCAAAUUCUGGCCUUGAAGGAAUUAUCUCAAAGCGUUUUUUUGCUCAGAAGACGGCUCUAAAGUUCGAACUACUCUUUCAUUGUUCACUGUAAACGAUCCUUGCCAACUCCCUUCUGUGAAUUUUGACAUGUCACUGCGCCCAACCGUCACGCACACGUAAAAAUUAGGCCAAUCGUGCGGCUCGUAAGAAACCCGUAAGAAACCCGCCUAUCAGAAACGCUCACAUAUGUCCUUGCGACUCUGCAGGAUAUUAGAACGAGCUUUUGUGCACUAAUUCGCAGACGGACUAUACAAAGGGUUUAGACGAGUGCGUGGGCCGGCUGCAACGCAGGCUACGUGUCAGGCCGAAGUUCGAAUUUUACAGAAAAUCACUCUUAAGCACUUUAAUAUUCUUGAACACGAGGUGAAUAGAAGCGGAACAUCCGCGGCAAGGUUAAUAUCGAUUAAUAUUCCUAAAGCCACUACUCACCAAGCUUAAAAAUCAGUAAGGAGACCAUUUAAGUUCAAUUUGAUGGACGCGUUUGACGGACCAAUUCAUGUGCGAAAAUCUGUAUGUGCAAAAGUUUGAUCUUCACAGAAUUUUCAAACAUUGCAAAUCAAAUCGCAGUUAAAAAGUCCUUUCGCAAACAAUGGCCUAAUGGGUUAUAUGGAGUCGCCAGAACUUUAAAUUCUGCUUCCCACCCUGUGAAGAAAGGAAGAGCUUUGUAUUCAUCUGUUGACUCGCCAAGUCGGGAAAAAGGUUUCUUGUGCAGCUUGUGUUGUUUUUUAAUAAGUGCAGACAUUGGUGGCCCGGUUGCACGAGGUAAGGCGCCGUUUCUCUGUAGUUUUCUUGGCAUUGAAAUCUCGAAAUUUCGUAACGAUUUGCUUUUUUUUUUUUGUCGUAAGUUGAAUUUGAUUUCUGGGGAAAAUUCGCCUUCGAAGGAAACGUUGAGUUUACAAAACCAUCUCUUCUAUUCAAUUAAACUGUAAUUGUCAACAUUCUAUCGAGCGAAAAAUACUGCUCAGUAAAGUUAAUGGGAAAACGCUCUUUUGAAUACUUUUCUUACCUUAAAAAAACUGGACCCUAGGAUUCUGCAGAAUUUUGAAAGGUUCUUACUCAAAAAAAGAUUGGCAAAACACCGAGCUAAUGCAUUAUUUACUCGAGAGGCUAAAACGCUACAAAGACCACUGAGUUUGUAUGAUUUUUGCUUGUAAAAGCUUUAUUUAUGUAAGGUUAUUUGUGUUUUUUCAUGUUGCAAACGAUGUUGAAAUAAAUACGACAGUAAGAUAAUCUCAUCUGGAGUUUAUUUACUUUAUGUGGUUUUACCAAGCCUCAUAUUUUCCUCAUACACCCGUAAUAAUUAACAUUUACAGAUCCUGCACCACAAUGUGUAGGUAAGAUUUACAUACAACCCCAAACAUUUGUUAUGUGUGUUAAAUAAUACAAGCUUGCUGCAUGUAUAUAUAUAUUUAUGUAUCAGGUGUUUGAAUGCAAAUCGUACGACAGCAUAAUUCAAGCUUCAGGCAUUCAUGGAUGCAUAGGACCUUUUGAUGUUAUGUUUGCCACUUAUUGAUCCAGCAAGUUUUCUCUAUUUUAGUAAGCACUUAUGGUUUUAGGUGUCGGCUGCUGAAUACAGCCUUUUCUCGUUUUCGUUAUAGAAAGCACUCAAAAGUAUUAAGAAUAAAAGCUACUGCAAUAAGUUCAAGCUGUGUAUAGCUUCUUGCUGAGUUGUGUCUUAUUUUAUACCCCCCUCCCACACAGAAAAAAAUACAAACCUAAUUACUCAUUUUCUAUAGUGUACGGUGAAACCUCUAUAUUUACGCGAACCCUAUAUUAAAAGUUACAUCCUAUGUUAAGCAGACAAAUAGCCUAGUAUGUUUGAAACUUUUCUAACAAUAUUUUCAGAAAAACAAUGUUUUCAAAUAUAAAUGUAUCUAUAUCCAUUUUAAGGGGUAUUUUCUUUGUGUGGUUUCAACCAAUCAUAAGAGCUGCAAACAAUAGCCAACUGAAGGAAACUUUACAUUAAUUUUAUGGUACUGACAUGGGAUAUCUGUUUUAUAUUUCACACUCAUAAGAAUUUGUUAUAAGGAUUCAUAACAUAACAUAACGUAAAACUUUAUUUAUACUCGAAUUUUAGAGUAGCUAACAAGCUAAUAUCUUCUUCAUAUACGUGCUGCUUUUGCUUUGCUUUUAAUUUUUGUUGCAUUCUAAUGCUCUUAAAGCCGAGUAUGCAGGCAGAGCAAGGUUGUGUUAUCUUUUGCUUUUAAGGCAUAUACAAUAAAAAUACUUUGAAAAUAGUAUUAAAAUACCACAGAAGAAGAAAAGCAAUAGCACGCAUAUAUUAUGAAAAUAGAUCAAAAAUAGGAUGCAAAAAUGCAAAAACAGUAUUAAUAAAAUUGUAAGAAAAUAGCCUUAGAGGUUUCUGAAAACAGUACAAAAAUCGGUCGAAAGGGGGGGGUCUGUACACAGGCUACCAAUCUUCGGCUUCAAAAGGGUAUAGCGUUACAGACGUUACCGGUAAAUAAUAAUCUGCAUACAUGUAACUUACAUUGUUUAUUAUAUUCACGGCUUUACUCAAAUAUCAUCAGAAGCUUGCAGGCUAUGCCUGAAUAUUAAUUAUUGGCUUAUAAAGAACAACAUAAGAAUAACACGAUCAAAUUUACGCGAGAAUGAAAGAGGCCGGUGACGUGACAUCAAGUGACUGAACAGCGAGGCUGAGCAAGGAAUCCUUUAAAAACUAAAAUUGCCGUACAGGCGGGAGUAUAUAAAUGUUUACUAGCCUUCAUUUGUUUCUCAUAUGGGGUAUAUUUAAGCGUCUUAGUAACAUGUUAUGCAUAUAGAGGGAACAUUCCAUAUAAUACUUACAAGACUCUUGGAAGACCGCGUGCGUCGCCUGAACCAGAACCUUUCAAAGUACAUGGCAGUCGCUGAGGAGUCAUACCCAUUUUUGAUUCGUGAUAAAAGCAACAUCUACGUGUUCAGACAAUCCGCAGAGUUGAAGUGUACUUUUUUAAGAUCGUAACAAGCAGUAAAAUCAAGCGCAUUUAAGCUCACAGCAACCGCCGGUUCAACAAUUUGAAAUGAGCAAAGGGCAAAAGACGGUUUGUUUAUCACGUGCAUUUGUCACAUCACCGCGGCGCGAAGUCGUGAUUUCAGUCGCGCGUGACAUCUCAGAAAUAAUAUGCCAUGCAUGUGCGGAAUAGCCUAUGAAAGAAAGAUAACCAUACGUUGGAGUUUAUUCAGAUCUGAGCGUUGUUUCUUAGCUUGGAUAGUUUGUUUAUUAUGUAAUUUCAAGGGCUUAUUUUAGACAAACCUCUGUUGACCGCGUGCAUCCGGUUCUCGGCCCGCGGUUUCGGCUGUUUGUGAAAAAUUUCUAUAUGAAAUUAAAAUGCGAUUUUAAGACGUUUCUUUUAAAAAAACUUAUGGAAUGUCGCGUAACUGCAGUAAUUGAAUCACGGAUAAAAUCUACGCGGAGAUUUUCGCAGAGAGCUUGUAUAGGUAAUGAACAUUGAGGAACGGAUUGAUCUUUUAUCGGCACUCUGUCACAGUUACAUGCUGUCAGUCAAAUCAAAUCUAUUCCUAAUUUUCUUCUCUUUUUUCAAUUUCUUCUUGGUUUGCUUGGAGAUUUAAGUGUUCGCUCAGCUUCGAACUUUGUUGAGAGAAGAAUGCGGUGCACAAUAUAUGACAGCUUGUUUUGAGUCAUUUAUGAGCUCGUGACACGAUGAAGGCUUAAAAAUUAACUUUGUGCAAUUUUUGCUUUUAUAGUCUGAGUAUAAGUAUCCCAAAAUACAUUACAACAUUUGCACCUCAAUAUUAAUAACUGACAAGUACCCUAUUUUAAAGUAUUUAAAAUAAGGUCAGCAUUUGAUGUCUUUAAGCUGACUUUAAAUAGUUUAUGUAUAAUUUUUUGUCAUAGUCAGAGUGUUGUGUGCCCAAAAUACAAUUCAAAUAGACCUCAAAACGGCGUUUAAGUACCCUAUUUAAAAGAAUUUAAAAUGCGGUCAGCAGUUAAGGUCUUAAAACAUAUUUCAAAAAGUCUAUUUGAACUGUUUGUAACUUAAUUUGUGAUUGAAUGCGUCUCAACAUACAUUUUAGAUAGAACUCAAAACAGUGUUAAAGUACCCUAUUUAAAAGUUUUUAAAAUACGGUCAACAUUUAGGCUCUUAAAACAUAUUUCAAAUAGUCUAUUUGAACUAUGUUUGUAACUUUGUGAGUGGAUGCGUCUCAAAAUGUGUUUUAGAUACAACUCAAAACAGUGUUAAAGUACCCUAUUUAAAAGUAUUUAAAAUACAGUCGCAUUAAAGCCCUUAAAACAUAUUUCAAAUAGUCUAUUUGCACUCUGUUUGUAACAGUGUUAUUGGUUCCAUGCCCAAAAUACAUUUUAAAUACCCUAUUUUAAUCAUAUUUCUUAAACAAAAUAGAUUGUAAAUUGAUGAGAGAGGUUUUCCUUUUGAUGAAAUAUAAUUUAACUACACUUAAGAUAUAUUUCAAACAGGGGCGCAAAUUUAAAUUUUUUUGUCAAACAGGAUUAAAAUACAGGAAAAUAGUGUUCAAAUACUGAAAAUACAUUUUAAAUACUUUAAAAUCAGUUUCAAAAUACACAUGGUUUGGUAAGGGCUAGAUACAGGUUUGUUUUUCUAACCGUUUUGCCACAUUUUGAGCUAUUCGACUGCUGAAUAUAGGGCGUCUGCUUAAUAUGGGGUCUGCAUAAUACAGGUUUCACCACACAAUGUAGAAAAUGAGUCAGUUAGGCUUUCACUGAGGAGGGGAGGUACAAGAAAUAAGGCAUAAUUAUAGUAGCAGUAGUUUAUAUUCUUAACACUUUUGAGUGCUUUCUAUAGAGAAAAAAGGAAAAGACUACAUUCAGCAGCUGACACCUAAAACCAUGAGUUCUUACUGAAGUAGACAAAACUUGCUGGAUCGAUAAGUGGCAAACACAACAUCAAAAGGUCCUAUGCAUCCAAACCCAUACAUUUACGAUGCAUGCAGCAAGCUUAUAUUAUUUCACACACAUAAGAAAUGUUUGGGGUUGUAUGGAAAUCUUACCUACACAUUGUGGUGCAGGAUAGAGGUUAAUUAUUACAGUUUUAUGAGGAAAAAUAUGAGGCUUGGUAAAACCACGUAAAGUAAAGAAACUCCAGAUCGAUGAGAUUAUCAUACUGCUGUAUUUAUUUCAACACCGUUUGCAACAUGAAAAACACAAAUAACUCUACACAAAUAAAGCUUUUACAAGCAAAAAUCGGUAUCACACUCAGUGAUCUUUUUAGUGUUUUAGCCUCGGGAGUAAAUAAUUCGUGAGCUCGUUGUUUUGCCAAUUUUUUUAAAGCAAGAACCUUUCAGAAUUCGGUAAAAUCCUAGGGUUCGUUUUUUUUGAAGGUAUGAAAAGACUUCAAAGUUUCAAAAGAGCGUUUUCCGAUUAACUUUAGUAGUAUUUUUUGCUCGAUGGAAUGUUGACAAUUGCAGUUUCAUCAAGUAGAAGAGGUGUGUAAACUCAACAUUUCCUAUAAAGACAAAUUUUCCCUCGAAAUCAAAUUCAACUGACUUAUGAGAAAAAAAAAUUAAAGCAAAUCUUAACGAAAGCUCGAGAUUUCUAUUAAACAGGACAGAGGAAAACUACAGAGAAACGGCUCCUUACCUCCAGCAACCGGGCCACCAUUGUCUGCACUUACGAAGAACAACACAAAUUAGCUGCACAAAAAACCUUUUUCCCUAACUUGGCGAGUCGACAGAUGAAAACAAAGCUCUACUUUUCCUCUUAGUCUUGGAAGUGCAAUUUAAACUCCUAGCGAUUCCAUAUAACCCAUUAGGGUAUUGUUUCCGAUUUGAUUUGCAAUAUUUGAAAAUUAUGUAAAUAUCAAACCUAUUGUUUACCGAUUUCCACGCAUGAUUUGAUCCGUCAAUCGUAUUGAGCUUUUUGGUUUCUUUUCUUUUUAGGAACAUUAACCUCAGCUCGUCGCGAAUAUUCCGCUUCUAUUAGCCUCGUGUUGAAUAAAGAAUAA